AUGGUGGUCUGCUGUUCUGGGUAUGCAGAGUACGAGUUUUUUAAAGGAUUCGAUGCUACAGGUUCUACAUUGGCAAUCAAUACAGAUAUAAUUAAUGUUACUAAUUCUCUAGAUGAAGUAACUACAUCAAGGAAACUUGGGAAAAUGAAACAAACAUCAACCGUGAAAGGAUUACGUGAACCAAAAUCCAUUGUAUCCACAGCAACAAACAAAAUAUCAGUGAAAAAUAAGACAACAUUCAAAUGUCCUGAGAAAGAAUCACCCAAAAACAUUGGACCUUAUGAAGUUCCUACGCAACGAGACUUGGUUAUGUUGACCAAAAAUAUUCUUUUAAAAUUGUAUUAUAGUUAUAAUCAGCAUUCAUUACAACUUCUCAAAGAUAUUAAAGAGGCAACCAAAGCAGCCCUCAAGAAUAAGUGCAAUUUUAACAAGAAAUUAUACACGCAAUGCGUAAGAAACGUUAGUAAACAAUGUGAAAGGUUUACCAAGGACACCUUGAUGAACUUGGAAGCUCAGAAACACGACGUCGUGAUGCUUACUGAGGAGAGAAUCUGCAUUUUAUCAGAUUUAAAAACGGAUCCUCUACGGUUAAUAAAACUAAUUGCAGAGGAAAAAUCAUUAUUACACUUUACAUUGCCUGGUUUUUUAAUUUUGCUGCACAGCUGUAACAUGUAUUGUUCAAGACAGAACACUCGUUUAUAUAAAAGGAAGCCAUUAAGACACAUGACGGAUCAAGAUCUUGUUAUAAGCCAUUUACUGACGAAAAAGAGUUAUAUUCAGCUCAUAAAUGAUUCAAAGCACAAAGUCUAG